AUGGCGGGCACGGCGCUGAAGCGGCUGAUGGCGGAGUAUAAACGUGAGUGGGGAGGCGAGGGCAGGCGCCCCCGGGGGCUCUGAGGGAGAGGCGGGAGCUACGAAGCGGCGUCCCCUCCGGCCGUUGCUCCGGGCUCCGUUGCUGGGGGUGGCAGUCCCGGCCGGCUUCGGAGCGACGCUUCCGAGUCCCUUGGCCGUUGCUCCCCUCACUCCUCGUCAAGCUCCUCCGUCCAGUCACGCCAGUCUCUGGUACCCCGUGCCAGGGCAGACAUACAUCAGGCGCAAGGGAAACUCCCUUUGCUGGAUCGCACCAGCGGAGGCCGUGAAAUUGGCUAUGGCUUUUUGGAACCAUACUGCCCCUAAGCCCCCACAUCAGUCCCCUGUAUGUGGAAAUCUGGUGCGUCGAAAGAGAAGAAUUUCUCUUCAGGUGUGGGGAACCUGCGGCCCUCCAGAAGUAAUUGGGACUCCAGUGCCAUCAGGCCCGCCCAGUAUAGUCAAUGGGAAUUGUAGCAUAGCUGUCAACUUUUCCCUUUUCUUGCGAGGAAUCCUAUUCGGAAUAAGGGAAUUUCCCUUAAAAAAGGGAAACGUUGACAGCUGUGAAUUGUAAUCCAACAUUGUCCACAGGGCCACGGGUUCCCCAUCCCUUGGUUCACUCUAUAUAGUAGUAUUCUCCUGGACAUUUAAAAAAAAAAUGUGCAAGGGUGUGGGGUGCUUUCUUUAGACGGUGUAUCAAUUUCCCAAGUCCCUUUGGUGGUUUAUAUUUGAAAAACAAAACAAAAUUUUUAUAAUGGCAUAUUGUAAUAAGCGCUACCGUCUGAAGUGUGAACAACGCAGCCGAGACUUCAGCGCUUGCUUCUCUUUUGUGUCUGAAUUAGACAGCACCAAACAGAGGGUUCUGCUGUGCUGUUCUAUUUAAGAACUUGAACAGAAAUAUGAGAGUUAGUUUUUGCUGUGUGGAAGGCGUUUUGUUUGGUCAUUCAGUUACCAGUAUGUAAGAGAACUUGGAAUGAUGAUGCCAAAAAGAAGGUAAUGUUUUUAAUACAGACUGCUCAGGAAGUCUACAGUAGACAAACCUAGUGCCAUAUUAGCUAAUCACGAGAAACCCUUAACAGGGUGUCGGCUAUGGUUGCUGAAGUCAGCUAUGUAUCCCAGUGUUGGACAUUUGCCCCAGGUGCGUGGCAUCUCCAGGUAGGACUAAAAGAGGCUCCAGUUCUAAGUUCUGGAGAGAUGCUGCUCAUUGAGUAUUGAGCUCAAUAGUAUUGAGCUAAAUAGAUCAAUGAUCUUACUCUGCAUAAGGCAGUUUCUUGUGUUUCUUGCAGCAGAGCCUAUGGGAAAGCGCUGGACUCAGGGAAAAAAAUCCUCUUAAUAUAGCAGUCUUGUCAAAUUUAUAUCAUUAGGUAUAAAGGUAAAGGUACUUUCAUGUGUUUAACUCUGAAAGGUAGUAUAUAAACACAAAAAUUAACAAAUACAUGGCUCACUUAAGUGCGAUGGAAAUUUCUCCAGUGCUUUAUUUUCCACAGAAAAUUUUCUGUUUCAUAAGUUUAAUAGUAACAGUGAAUAGAGGCCAAUUGCAAAAGUAGUACAGUAUUAAGCAAGUUUGACUGUUUCAAUACAUUUUUUUAGCUUUGUUUACUAAAUACAAGUAAAAUAAAUGUGCUAAAUAAGACCACUCUCUAGGGCAUCAGUUAGCUUUCCAAUGCAAGUUAGGGUAAUUUGCAAAUGAAAUUCAUUUUUCCUGGAAAAAAACAUUAAAUAUUCAUAUGAUUCUAUGAUUUUUAAUUGUAUUUUAAUAGAUUAUGUUAUGUCUUACAUUUUAUUGCAUUACAGUUUGAAUUCUAUGGAGUAAGUAUAAUAAAAUAGAUAUGAAAUAAAGGGAACAACAAAAAGACAAUUAAAAAAUCAUACAACAUCUACCAUAGCACAUGAUAAUUGCUUCCAUAGGCAGAAAAAUCAUUAAGUAGUCUGCCAAGACCCUCAGCAAUCUUCAAGUAGUCCAUGGUGGGGGGAGUUUGAGAACCACUUUUUUAAAAAUAAUCAUUUGAUGCUGAUAUUUGCAUCUUCUCCACUAGAGAGAGCAGUAACUCUUCUUUUCACUCCUGUUCACUUCUCCUGUCCUCUUCUCCUGCCAUCAUCUCACAUUCUAGAUCUUAUUGUUGUAAACAACUAGAAAAGUGGUAGGAAUAUGCCAGCCUUCCUUAGCCUGUGGCUAAUGUGAGUUGCAGUCCAAAACACCCCUGCAGGGUCCUAGGCUUGGGAAUGCUGGAGUCGGCACCUGUUAAUGAACACUGUGGGUCAGAUUUAGCCAACUGGCUCUGCUGGCAGAAGCCCAUGCAGGGACUUCUGCUAGCACAACAGGGCUUUUGCCCCAAGAUGCCCUGCACACAGCCCCCAAAUUGGCUUGUAGGGGUGGUCAGUAGAACUCCCAAGAGCAGAGCACGGGGAGGAGAGAGGAAAUUGUUCCACCAGGCGAGCAGAAAUGCUUGCACUGAUAGAACAUGAUGUGGAAUUCCUUCCAGUUUAGGAACCAGGAAGCCUAAUAGAUUCCAUCUGCUAAAAUAAAUAAAAACUUGAAUAGCUGUAAGAUCUCAUGCUUAUUGCUUGCUGACUGUAUUCAUAUACAUACUUUUGCAUGCCUCAAUAUAAAUGAUAGAAUGCAAGCUUGUUUUAUAUAUAAAACAAGUCAUGUCUUGUUUUAUAUGGCAGUGGCAGUGAGAACUAGAUUUAAGAAUAUAAGAAAAGCCUGCUGGAUCAGACCAGUGGUCCAUCUAUUUAUUUUUUAGUUUUUAGAUUUGUAUACUGCCCUUCAUCCAUGGAUCUCAGAGCAGUACACAACAUAAAAAUGCAAGAUAAAAACACAAAACAACUAAUAAAAACAACACCUCCCAAACUAAUAACCCCCCUCCCCCAAACACAUUUAAAAGCGGUAUAAGAUGUUAAUCAGUCAAUGACCUAUUUAAAGAGGAACAUUUUCGCCUGGUGCCUAAUGGUAUAAUGAAGGCGCCAGCCAAACCUCCUUGGGGAGCCAGUGCAGAAAAGUAUUAAAAUACAGUAGUCUGUUAAACAUUAAAAGCUUCCCUAAAGAGGGCUGCCUUCAGUUAUUGCAGACCUGAGCAAUUUAAGGCUUUAUAGGUCACAACCAGCACUUUGAAUUGGGCCCACAAACUAAUUGGCAGCCAUCGCAGUCCUGUAUCCUGUUCUCAGAGUGGUCAACCAGAUGCCUCUGGGAAGCAGGCAAUCAGAACCCGAGCCUGACACUAACAAUGGUUUCCAGCAAGUGAUAUUCAGAAGCAUACUGCUUCCAACAGUGGAGGGUGAAAAUUUUAAAGAGAGAACUGGGUUUCCAAGAAUACUGAUAAUGCAUGUUUACUUGGAAGUAAGUCCAGUUGUAUUCGACGAGGCUUAUUCCCUUGUGAGUGUGCAAGCAAGCAAACUAGCUAAGAAACAAACAAAAUAGUAGGAUAUAAAGUUUACUCUUGUUCUAAAUCAUUUCCGUGUGUUGAGUUAUCUGUUAUUGCUGUCAGAAAUUAUUGUGGCCAUAUAGAUUGUCUUGGCAGAAUAUUAAAUGCCUUGUUUGUGUGGUAUUAAUUAAUGAACUGAGGAAUAAUACUUUAAAAUAUUUAUUCUUAAUUUUAGAGUUGACCUUGAAUCCUCCAGAAGGCAUAGUAGCUGGUAAGGAAUCCUAUUUAUUUUAUAUCUGUAUACCUUGAAAUUAGAAAACUUUAAAUAAAAUAAUACAUUUUGUCUUUAAAUAGGGCCUAUGAAUGAAGAAAAUUUCUUUGAAUGGGAAGCUUUGAUAAUGUAAGUUUAUAAGCUAUUAUUCUUUUAAAAUUAUAUCUACAUACAUUUUGCUGGUGGACUUCAGAGAACAAAAAGUAAUCAUAUGUGCAUCUUUUAAUAAACGGAGUAUCAAGUUUAGGGAUUCCCCUGAAACAGUUCAGGUUGCAUUUAUCCACCUGCCAACACAAGUCUUCUUAAUACGUUCUGAAAAGAUAAAAGCUUUGCCAACUUGCAUAGAGGGCAAGUUGUCGAGUUCAAUAAUAAUCUCGUUUUCUAGUCUUAAAUGAAACAAAAAGCAAUGUUUGCCAACCAAGCAGGCUUCUCCUUUUUGCUGAAUUCAUAUGUGGCCUUUAGUACAGAAAGAACUUAAGAGUUUUGCAUGCCACCACACCUUCUGGGACAGAUUAAGAUAAUGAAGAAGAGAAAUAGGGUUAGUGUCUUGAAUUUCACCUAGUUUGUUCAUAGCCACGUAGGAACAAGAGAGACUUUUCAGCAUUGUUCUCUCACCUACAAGGUGUUUUUUUGUUGUUUUGAAUUGAGAUGAAACAGGUGGUGAAAUUGUUGAGGUCUAGCCAACCUUAGGGGAGUUAUUUUCCACGUUUAUCUUAACGAGGGUUUGUGCAUCCCAUUUUCACUCAAAGGGGACCUUGGCUGUUGGAAAGACUUGGGCUUUCUUUACCAUAGCCCCAACUUUUGGGGUUUGUCUUAUGAAGUUUGCAGAUGGCUCAACUUGCCACUGUCAGGGAAUGUCUAAAAAUGUUUCAGAAAUGAAGAGUACAGACAAUGGGAACACAAGCAAUAUGACACAAGUCUCAAGAUCUGGAAUUUCUCUGAAGUCCGGUUUUCCUCUUCUGAAGUGCACUCUUUCUGUGUUAUUUGGCAAUGUGCUGUAUAAAAUUUCAGAUAGGAUCAUAGCUCAGGAAAAUUGUAGCAGUACAGUAUGCAUUAAGACACACUGGAAGAAAUUAAAAUAGUCUGUAUACCAUUGAUCUGGGAGGCUUUUUCUAAUGAGAAAGGCGGGUGUUAAAGUAACAAGCUAACUGUUACAAGUUCGCUGUAAGUUUUGAUUGUGUGGCCAUAGCUGAUAGAAUAGAGAAACACAUGCUUAAUUUUGUGCAUCAGGCUACCAGUCAAAUUGCAAUAAAAUAAACCAGUGCUUUGGAAGGAAGUGUGGCCAGUAUACAGCAGGGUCAUUUUUUUGAAGUUCUUAAAUACCAAAUGUUAUUUUCUGCCUUGUAACACACAUGUACACAUGGAAAGAGUACUUUGAACAUUUUUUCAAGGAAUUUGUGUAUCAGCAUCUUCCCUUCCCACUGUAGUGGAGGUGUAAUCAAGGGCUGCGUUGAUAAUGAGAGUGCCUAAUUUAUGAGUGGCACCAAUAAAGAUUAAGCUAAUAAUAAUGAGGCAUCUCUGUUUAUUUACUUUGGUCCUCUGUAUUAAAGGCUCAGUUUGGAAGAACUACAGAGCUGUAAUACUUUCAUGAUUUCUGAAAAAUUUAAUUCUAUGUAGAUGUGAAUAUCAAAGUGUAGAGUCUGAAGUUUCAGGAGUGAGAUUAGAAGGGUGAUAAGAAUGACUGCUAUUCAAACAUACCAGAAAUACCAAGCCUUGCAUUUCAUGAUGAAAACUAGUAUUGCUGAAACAUCAUAAAUUGAAUAUUUUCAGUGUGGCUAAAGCUGAAAAGAAACACUGGUUGGUAUCUGAUCCUAAUACACUUACGUGGAACAAGACCCAAUGAUUUUAGCAAAAAAAUCUUAUUUAGUUUUGCUGUGUCCAUCUCAUGGCCAGUAGAAUGUCCACUUUGGUAAAACUAUGCUUGUUUUUAGGGCCUGAAAACAAGUGCUGUGAUCUUGUGCACAAUUUCUAAAGCAAAUAAAUGCUCACCUUUGAUCUUGUCACAUCAAAAGUGCAAAUAGGCAGUGUUAGAUAAUGGGAAUACAUAAAGACUUCCAGCUUCAUACCGUGUGAGUGCUGUGUUGCGUAAAUCAAUUAACUUGAUAUGUGAGAUUAAUGUAUUUUCUCUCUCUUAUCAGGCUAUUCUCACUUAGCUUUAUUAACUUCAAAACGGAUGGCAUUUGAAAACUGUUAGCGCUCAUUAUCACAACAGUUUACCCCACUAAAAUGAUACAAAAGUAUUCAUUGUUAGAACUUGGCUAGCCUAAAGGCUGCUCUUAAAAAUAACAAGUACAAAUUUAAGCCAAUAUUUCAAAAAGCUGUCUAGAAAUGUAAUUAUAUUUCAGUUUAGUGUAAAUGUUUACUUCAUUGUGGAAUUCCCCUUUGUGCAUUGUAAGAUUUUGGGAGCAGGGAUUGCAGCUGCUUUCAUAAAAAUUGGAAAAAACACACAAAUGUGCUUAAAAACAAUUAUUAUAGCUUUAACUGACCUCCCAUAAGUGUUUGUUCUUUUGUUCCAUAUGUUUAUGUGAAGGUUUUCUACCCUUUUAUUUUCUGUAAUUGUAUGUUACUGUUAUAAUGUUUUUGCUUAUGCUCUAAGAUACAUGUAAAUUCAUGGCUGUUUGUCAUAAUAUUUUUAUGUCAUGCGUCACUGAAAAUCAAGACACCACUAACUUUUAAAAACUUCCAAGUUUUUCUUAUAUCUUGAGCUACAUGUGAAUGGUGUUUUAAGAAAUAAGAGCCCUGCUAGGACCCCUUCAAGUCCAGCACUCUGUUAACCAGAAGCCUAUGGGAAAACCAUAAGCAAUACACGAGACUCCUCAGGACUCCCAGCAAUGGGUAUUUAGAAGCAUAUUGAAUUUGUCUAUCCACUCUUUAAAGCCAAUCAUAUUGGUGGUCAUCACUACAUCUUGUUGCGAAUUCAAUAGUUUAACUAUGUGUUGUGUGAAGAACUACAGUCGUACCUUGGAUCUUGAACGCCUUGCGAGUCAAACGUUUUGGCUCCCAAACGCCGCAAACCCGGAAGUAAGUGUUCCAGUUUGUGAAUGUUCUUUGGAACCCGAACAUCCAACAUGGCUUCCAAUUGGUUGCAGGAGCUUCCUGCAGCCAAUCGGAAACCGUGCCUUGGUUUCCAAACGUUUUGGAAGUCAAACGGACUUCCGGAACAGAUUGCGUUCGACUUCCGAGGUACCACUGUACUUCCUUUUGUCACUCUUGAAUUUUCCAACAUUCAGCUUCAUUGAAUGACUCUGGCUUCUAGAAUUAUGGGAGAGGAAGAAAAAAUCUCUCACCACCCAGCCAUCAUUUUAUACAGUUCCAUCAGGUCGUCCCCCCAUUCACCUUUUUAUAAACUAAAAAGCCCCAUACGUUGUAACCUUUCCUCAUAGGGAAGUUGCUUCAGCCCCUUGAUCUUUCUGUUUGUACUUUUCUGCGCUAUAGUUUAUAUUACUGUAUUGCACCUAAUUAUCAGCAACCAUUACGUACUGAGAGCUGGAAGAGUGAUAUACAGUCUGCAACAAGUGAAUACUUGCUCAGUGUCGCUAUUUUAAAGUUUAUGGGGGUAGGGUGGAGGAAGUAUUAAUGUUUAACCCCAUAGAAAUUGUAGCAGUAAAACUACCUAGACUUAUUUAUUAUCACAUUUAAAAUGUAGCAAGGAAGCCUAGUGGGAACCGUGCUUAGAUUAGGAAUAACUUUUCUGUACAGGUUUAUCAUUAAGUAGUGAAUUUAUGUUGUGCUAUAGAUCUAGGUGUCUGAAAGUUGUGUGUCUAAUGGCUGAUCCAAGGUUUUUGUUUUUAUUACUACUACUUAUUUGUAAUGCUAUUUGUAAUGCUUAUUUGUAAUGUAGUGCUCUGGUCCAUGGGGUCAUGAAGAGUUGGAUUUAAAGUAUUGGUAUGUUCCUGCUAGUUCCCAUAAUGCUAGACAAAGAAAGGAGGCAUGCUAUUUCUCUUCUCCCAGAAGUGAGUAGCUUUUCUUGUUUAAUAUCACAGAAAUAGCUUAGAUUGGGAAAUGGUAGUUGCCUUACAAAUAAAAGGUAAUGAUCAACUUUGAUCCAGAAAGAUCAACUGCCCAGGAAAAUAAUUCGUUAUUCUAGGACCAAAAAACAUCCAUUUGGUUCCAGUCUAAAUAUGCAAAUGAUAUAUUUUUUAAAAAAAUACCUAAUUGCAUCCUACAAUGCCAUAAUAGGAGACAUUAAGCAUGUAUUUUGCUUUUAUGGUGGAAGCUAUAUCAUUUCUCCCUACUAUGGUGACAGAGGCAAUUUCCACGCGGGGAAUGUUGGUUCAGAAUGUUGCUUUGAUAGUUCUGUGCUACCUAAUACGGAGUCAGAGUACUGGAAAAGUUCUAACUUAGAACUUGCUCCCAGCACCUGGGAAGCUGAAAUAAUUUUUUCUGCUACACGCGCAUAGAAAUAGUGAAAUAACUGGCACAGCCUUAUUUAAUUUCACUAUUAUACCCUAACUUUUUAACAAAUACUCAGGGUAUAUUACAAGCAAAAUAAAAGCAAUGAAGAAUGAUAAAAAAUAAAUUGGAGCUAAAUCAAAAGUAUAAAAACAAAGUUACAAAGCUGUUACUUUUUAUAUAAAUAAUUUAUUAUCAUUAUGAUUUAGACUUCUUCCUUUGUAGUAACUUGGAAUGCAUGCCAAAUAUCUUCUACUUCAGUGAAUAGAGCGUUCAUCAAUUUUCAUUCUUAAUAACAUAGAUUAUGGUUACUUUAAGAGGUUAAGGUACCUGACACUUCUAGUUUGCCUAUAAUAGCAGAAGUUACUGCCCCAUUCAUAUACAUAAGGCUUACAUUUGCAAUUUCUAACACGUACUAUAUCCAUGCUGUUGUCUCUUUGGACAUUCACAGUACAGCAGAAAUGCUUUCUGCUAGGGCUUAAGGGUUGUAUCCAGCCAUACACUGAAUAGACCCAUUUAAAUCAGUGGACCUUAGUUAGCAUGACUUGGAUACAACCCAGAGUGAGCAACAUAUAUCUCAUAAACAGAGGAACAUUAUAUAUAUAUAUAUAAUAUAUAAAUAUAUAUAUAUAUAUAUAAUAUAUCUGUUUAGAAGUAAGAUCAGUGGUUUUCCCCCAGGUAAAGUAUGGGAUUGCAUCCUGACCAGACCAAGGGAAGCAUAGAGGAAACUUCAGGUGAUUGAGGAUCAAAAAACACUGUUCUUGUAAGCAAAUAAAGGUUCUUCUAAAAUAAAACAUCUAAACAUAGCACUUGUCAAAAUUGCCUAUAAACUUUGUUCAGGAGUGCUCAGAGCAUAUAAUAGUGUUGCAAGGCCAUCCCAGUCCAGAAAUCACAAGUGGGUAGAGUGAUAUAGUGUAGUCUUGUUGCUUGAGUGUUGGAUCUGAAUGUGAGAACCAGCAUCAAAUCCUUGCUCAGGCAUGAAACUAUCUGGGUGGUCUUCGACAAAAGCACAGAAAUUAGAGGGUGAAAUAAGGCCCUCCAAGGGGUUCUGCUCAAUGCACUUAAGCUAUAUUAGGUGAACAGAUUGGAAAGAAGAACCUGUUCUGUUUUUGGAAGGAGAAAUGCGUAAUAGUGAAGUUCUACUUGGCUAGACUAUGAUGGCUCCAAGAUUUUUUUUGCCAAGGUGAUUGUUGAAGAAAAAAAGGAGGGGGGAUGUUUUUGUUUUCUAGAGGAGGAGAAGCUGUUUAGACCCAAGAAGAAAUAUGCUAGAAGUGACACUGAGAAAAAAUGAGAGGCACAGGUUGUGCAUUUGUAGGAGGGAAAUAAAAUAACAAUAGAGAGGUAGCAAAGGUUGAAACUCUUACUUCUAAUACUUACUACUUAUGAGGACUCUAAUUCUGAAAUUCAGCCCUAUGCUUGUUGUUCAGCAGUGCUCAAAAACACACGUUCAUUACUGUCUAGAAAAGCUGUGGGCAUACAGGUGGAAGUUUCCACUUUGAAUGAUUUAGCUUGCCAAAAAUUAUGGUCAGUGCUUGGUGUGCAUGUAACCCCAUUUAUAAUCUGGGUGUGCACCUUGGGUAUACUUACCUUCAAAGUCUGAAGUCUGGCCAGCAUGCACAUCCUAAUUGCGUAUCCUGAAGUUGCUUUUAUUACUUGAGUUGUUGUGUUAAAAUCUAACAUGCACAUCUUUCCAUCAGACCAUUAUAGAAAUAAUAAACAUUGGUUAUACAAUGCCUUGCAAAUGGCAGUUUCUGACACUUUUGUCCAUGCAUUAUAAUAGUGUCUUCAAAGUAGCAAGAUCAAGCACCUGUAGGCUAUAUCUCUUGACGUGCAGGCACUAAAAUCUGGAACAUGCCUUGGAGACAGAUUGAGCAUAAUUGAAUAAACACACCCUGGUAAUUAAGCAGUGUUGUGACCUUCCUAGUAAUUUAAUGUGCAAGCUUUGAUUUCUCUCCCUUUCAGCUUCUUGUUUUAGGUUAGAGAGGAUGUGAACAAGUUAACUCUUUAUAAUCAAGGCUUCCUUCUAAGGAAACAGCAUGAAUUUUUCAGUACACAUUGGGUUUCACUGUGUAGUAAAGCGUUGUAAAUAAGCUCACCAAAGUUACUUGUCUAAUAUUUUGUUUAAGUGGCACAGAAAGUAGGGUAAAUGUGCUUUCCACAAAUUGGGCUGGCACUUAACAUAUGGAGCUGAGGGACAAGCUUCUUGUUUUCUAUGACAAGCUCAGAAAAUUAACAAACAGGCUGAGAACAGCUAAACAGACCUGUCCGUUCUUUGCCAGCCCACUCAGUCGCUUGCAUGGAAUUUCUUGUCACCUGUGGUUUCCAAGCAACAUGUUGGGAGAAACAGGACCAGUUUAGUACCUAUGGUGACCCAUGCUGAAGCAGCUUCUGUAGAAGUGGUUACCAUCCAGCAUGGAAGUUUGCAUGCUGUUAAUUAGCUAUGACAAAUCACCAGUUGUAGAAUGGCAAGCAGACAAGUGUAGGGCUGUGUGGACUGGGCAGAGUUGUCUCUGAUGGCCUCUUGCAGAGACCAGCAGGAAGCCCCCAGAUGGGUCUUUUCUAGGGAGGGAGAAGGGCUGAGGCAGCCCAUGACCCAUUGGAAACUGAGCUUGCUGCUGUAUGUCAUGUGAUAGCAUUGAGCCUAAUCUGGGCCUGAUCACUUGGUUGCAAAAGCAUAAGUGUAAGAAUAGUGUGUCAGAAAAGCUGUAUCCUUACUACUAGGUGAGAAAACAGGGCUUCUGAUUCUCUCUUUUUGCAGUGAAAGUUGAGUCAAGUAGUAGCUUAGUUGUCGUAUUUAGUGAUGCAUUUCCAUUGAGAAUAACUUAGCACUCACCCCCUGCUGCCAAAAAAAUCACUUUCUUAACCUGGUAUUAGGAAUCAGACCUCCAAUAUUGGAUGUUACAACUUUAAAACAAAACAAAACAAAACAAAACAAAACAAAACACAAUAAUAACUGAGAGUUAAUCCUAUUUCAUAUUUAUAGUUGCAGGAGUACAACUGUAUACAGUUUAUAUAUGUAAAGACCCCAACAGGUGGAGUGAUUUAAACUGAGGCUAUUUUAAAUCACAAAUUAUAUAUGAAGUUAGGUGAGGGGCAGGUGUAGAUGCUGCUGUCCAUGUACAGUUGGAUGCUGCAUUAGAAAGAUAAAUGUAAGCCCAGCCAAAUAGGGCUUGCCAUUACUGCUGAUCAGCUGAUUGGUGGUAACUUCAAACCCCACUGGGAUAAACUUCAGAUUUUUCUUCCUAGUGUGCUUGCCAUAGUACAAAGGGAAAAAUGGCUCAUAGUAAUGACAUGUGGGCAGGCCCUGAGAAUGGGGGAACUCAGGAUCUGGCCCACUUGUUGUUUAGUCGUUUAGUUGUGUCCAACUCCUCGUGACCCCAUGGACCAGAGCACGCCAGGCAUUCCUGUCUUCCACGGCCUCCUGCAGUUUGGUCAAACUCAUGCUGGUAGCUUCGAGAACACUAUCCAACCAUCUUGUCCUCUGUCGUCCCCUUCUCCUUGUGCCCUCCAUCUUUCCCAACAUCAGGGUCUUUUCCAGGGAGUCUUCUCUUCUCAUGAGGUGGCCAAAGUAUUGGAGCCUCAGCUUCAGGAGCACUCAGGGCUGAUUUCCUUAAGAAUGGAUAGGUCUGAUCUUCUUGCAGUCCAUGGGACUCUCAAGAGUCUCUUCCAUCUGGCCCACUAGCUGGAUCCAAUUCUCUACUGCCAUAGCAUGCAAAGUGAUGCACGUUAUCCUCCUGGGGUCAUUUAAUUAUUCCAAAUAUGCAUGGCGGUUAAACAGCCAUUAGUUAACUGUCCAUUGUGGAGGAAGCAAGUGGUGGUGAUCCCUGCAGCACAGGCUUCCCCUGCUUCUUUAGCCUUGGUUCUUGAGUAUGAUUGCUGACUCAAUAAGUCAUCUGUGGCAGUGCCAAAUGUACAGCUGCAUCAAAGCACUAUGACUAUAACAUCAAUUAUAGUUUAUCAUCAACUUAUUUAUGUUUAGGAAAAUAUAUAUAAACCAUCCACUCAUAAAAUAGCCAGGUGGUGUACUACAAUAUAUACACAUAAAAUCAACAUGCAAUAAUCGUAAAACUGACUCAUUUUGGCAAAAUCUAAACAACUCCUUGGGUCUGUCAACAUAAAAGAUAUUCAAGAGCUCCCUGAAAGUUAGCAGCAAGGGUGCUUGCCAAAUCUCUACUGGAUUACAUCUUGGAUAUCCUCUUGAAGAUUGAUCUGUUUGAAAUGGAGAAUACGCUCCUAAAUAGUUUAUAGUUAUUCAAUUCAUGCAGUCUGGAAACUACUUCCAUGUUAUAAUUGCAUGUAUCUACUAAUCUAGAGACUUCCUUGUGCUGCUGAAAUACUUGAUUACCAUCAACUUUCAUUUUUAGUAGCUGAUAUUUUGGAACUAGUUUGAAAGUGGUGCCAGCUGUUUCCAUGCUGCAUAGAUGUAAUGUUUCUUUUGUUUCAGGGGCCCAGAAGACACAUGCUUUGAGUAUGGCGUUUUCCCUGCUAUUCUGAGUUUUCCUCUUGAUUAUCCUUUAAGUCCUCCAAAGAUGAGGUUCACAUGUGAGAUGUUUCAUCCCAACAGUAAGUUCUACCAAUAGGUGCCUUUAUGCUUUCUACAUGGGUAAAGAAUGUCAUCAAGUCCAGCUAUCUAGAAAAAGCUUAAUGGACCCUUAAACCACUUCGGCUAUCUUCAGCAGGAGCUACAUAUUAUCUGGACCUACCCUUUGAUUUUUGUUGUUGUUCAUUAUUACACAAUUAGAGAACUAUGUACUUAGUCACUGGUUAACACCUUUUAACUAUGUUUUACUCGUAAGCCACUUUGAAUUGUGGUACAAAAUAAAGCAUAGUACAAGAUGUGAUCUUCUGUAUACCAUUUACCCUUAAUGUCAGUAAUUUCAUAAUGUAAAAUGCCCUGAAAUAGAAUGGAGGAGAUAGAAGGGCUGAGCUAGCCUGGGAUCAGAUGGAACCUAAGCUGGUCUCACUGCCAUCACAUGAUACGAUCAGCAACCUUGCUUCCCCAUCUGAACUUCUGCCCUAUCCACCUGGUGUCCAUAAAGUCCUGUUGGUAGGGGAGAGGAGAGGUUUGAAUUACAGCCUGAGAUUACAAAUACUUGACAUACAGAUUUACCAAUUGAUUUAGUUCGUCAGUAGCUCCAUUUCUGGUGAUAUUUUGUCUUUGUUUUCCCAACUGAUAACAGUAACUAGUUGACCUCUGCAUAAUUCCCAUUGUCUUAAAAGAAAAAAAUCACAGGGUUGAGACCUCCUUUCUGAAUUCCAUGUCUUUAAUACCAGGAGAGCUGGAUACUUCUCUAGGAGCAUUAUAGGCAGAUUGAUAGGUACCAUGAAGUAGCAAUUGGAGAAGAAGAACAAUGAUGCCCACCAAAAGCAUGGACCAGAUUCAAUUAAAUUGUUGUUCUGGUGGGAAUCUGUGCAAUGAGUCCCACUAGUGCAAUGGGGCUUUUUGCCCCCCUCCACCUCCUAAAUCAGCUCUGCAGAGCAUGAGUUAACAGUGUAAUGUUGGAAAAUGUCGAUCAGUUCUCUUACCUGGGCAGCUAUCUUUCCACAAGGGCUGACAUUGAUGCUGAAAUCCAGCAUCGCCUGAGCUCUGCGAGUGCAGCUUUCUCCAGAUUGAAGCACAGAGUGUUUGAGGACCGGGACGUUAGCAGGGAAACCAAAAUGCUUGUUUACAAAACUAUUGUACUACCAAUCUUACUGUAUGCUUGUGAAACAUGGACCACUUGUAAAGGCCAUUGCCACUCUUCGAAAGAUUCCAUCAAAGGUUCUCUCUGAAACUUUUUACAUAUCACUUGGGGGGACAGGUGAACUAAUGUCAGUGUACUGGAAGAAACAAAGAUCACCAGUGUCAAAGCAGUGAUUCUUUAACAUCAACUUCGUUGGACUUGUCAUGUUGUUCAGAUGCCUGAUUUUUGUCUUCCAAAGCAACUACUCUUAAAAAAUGGAAAGCAUAAUGUCAACAAAAGAAGUUUAAAGACUCUCUCAAGGCAAAUCUUUAAAAAUGUAGUAUAAACACUGACAAUUGAGAGACACUGGCUUGCAAGUGCUCCAAUUGGAAAACAGCCUUUACUAAAAGUGUCAUGGACUUUGAAGACUUUAAACUCAGGACGAAAGGGAGAAACGUGCUAAGAGAAAGGUACAUUUGGCAAACCCUCACCUUGAUCAACUCCUGCCCGGAAACCUAUGUCCUCACUGCAGAAGGACAUGUGGAUCCAGAAUUGGCCUCCACAGUCACUUAUGGACUCACUCUUAAGACCAUGUUCAUGGAAGACAACCUUACUCGGCUGCGAGUGAUCACCAAAGAAGAAGAAAGAAGCAGCAGCAGCAGGGCACGAGAGGGGAGAUGGUUCCAUCUGGCAAGCAGAAAUGCUUGCACUAACAGAACAAUUGUAUUAGCAUGAUGUUGAAUUCAACUCUGUGUGAUUAACUCUCUUUUCAUGUAUUAUUUCCCCUAAGUUUGACUAUUGGGACUUUCAAAGCAUAUCAUCUUUGCCUCUUCUAUUCAUGUUCCUCCUCUACAGAAUAGAGAUCCAUCAAAGUCUUCUCUCCCUUUCCCUCAGCUAUGGAUAGACCAACAACAACCAUUCCCUACCCUAAGGCUGUAAUGAGGGAGUAAACACAGUAACCUAUAUAUAGCACUUAACAAGUUUCAAACUUGCACAGAAAUUAGCUGAAGGGGAGAUUUGAAAAUGUGCCUGGCAGCUUUCUACCACCCGUUUCACUCUGCUGUUAUUUUGGGUGGAGAGUAGCUGGACAAAUGGAAGAACAACUCUGGGGGGCAUGAGAGAGAAAAUAAAAGUGAAGAGCCAAAUCUCUCUCCCAGUCAGUUGGUUAGAAGAGCAAUACCAAUUUAUAUUUAUAGCAUGGUCUUUCUCAAUCUCAUUCAAAGUGAAAAACAGUAAAAUGGCACAAAACACUAGUGCAAGGCAGAAUGUUAAAAGUGCACCAAAGGUUUCUUGACUUUAAAAAUCUAGCAUCUUUUAGGCUGUAGACCUUCUUGUUAGGGGAGUAUUUUGGGGAGGGGGAACUUGUCCUUCUAUUUUAAGACACCUUAAAAUAAGAACUAAUGUCAGUGUAAUCCUAUGCACACCUAAGUAAAUUCUAUUGUGUUAUAUGAUAUUUAUUCCCAGGUAAAAGGAUUAGGAUAGUAGCCUAAAAUGCAUAAACGAUGGACAGUGUUUGGACAGAAAGCAUGUGGGGAAACAUAUUACACUGGAGAAUUUGGAAUCCCUCAGAAAUUGAUCUAUUGACCCCUCCUUUUUAUCUAGAAAGAUGUGUGUUUUAAGAACAUUAGCUCUGUAGUUGCAAAAAGUAUACUGUUGCCUCCUAGAUUCUUCCACUUUCUUUUUGUUUUUCUUAAAUGACUGUUGUGUAGAGGAGGCUAAAGAACAAAAUACUUUUCUUCUCCACAGUUUAUCCAGAUGGGAGAGUUUGUAUUUCUAUUCUUCAUGCUCCUGGGGAUGAUCCCAUGGGCUAUGAGAGCAGCGCAGAACGAUGGAGCCCAGUACAGAGCGUGGAGAAGAUCCUCUUGUCAGUGGUCAGCAUGCUGGCAGGUAUGAAACAGCAGUUCAUCUCCAAACACUAAGCUAGGAAAGCUGUUCAAGCAGCAACCAAUUAACAGGCUGCUAAAAUAACAAGAGUUUCAGCAGCCACCUUAGAAGCUGUUUAGCUAUGGUUCUCUUUUAUGUAGUCUACUGUUCCCUUAGAUUUGGCAUUGGCUUUUCUUUAAGAUAAAUUGUGUCUACGAAGAGAAGAAGUGACCAAUUUAAUCAAUGUCUUGCUUCCAGGUAAAGCAGUCCACCUUCCCAAAUGUAAGCCUUUAUGUUGCUACUUUUGAAGACUGGAGAAUAAGGCUGUCACUGGCUACUAGCCACAAUGACUAUGUUAUACCAACACUGUUAAAGACAAUAUGCCUCUGAAUGCCAGUAUCUGGGAUUCGCAGCUGUUGUGCUCAGGAUCUUCAUGCAAGAACAGAGUGCUGGACUAGAUGGGCCUUCGGCCUGAUCCAGCAAGGGCUCCUUAGGAUGAGUUGAAAAUCCUAUGUUCAGAUAGUUCAUUGUUUACCUAAAUAGAAGAAAGUUGUUACUCUCCCUCUAUGGCAAAGUGCAAAGCAAGCUGAUGAACUGCAGUAUGUUCAGACGACAAGGGUGAAGAAUACUACUCAUUCUGGCAUUGAAAUAGUCAUUAUUUGAGGUCUUAUUUCUGUAAGCCCCUGUGAACAUGAAUGGUAUGUGCUUAUGCACAUAAACUUUGGCUUAAAUAAAUCUCAAGGAAUUGUGAGAUUUGCUUUAAUUAAGAAACCACCAUUCUACUAAUUUGCUGUCAAAACAGCUACAAAUUUAACAACAACAACCAAAUACCAAUUCAAAAUCAAACUUAUAGGUCCAAUUUAAAUGAAGAUGGAAUAGCUCAGACCGUCAAAUGUGGGUUGCCAAACUAAAUUGUUCAGUUAGCCAGCUUCACUACCUAACCUACAAUCCUGGAGUUGUUUUCAGUCCCUAUAUGUACUGGCAGUUUUCUGUGGCUGUUGAUGCCUCAAAUUCUGCGACUCCCUUUCUUUAACACUGUGCACGUGCGGUUGUGGUAUAGUGUAAAUACUUAGUAGCCCCAUUAAAAUAUUGGUUGGGUCCGUAAUCCAUGUAUAGAGUCCAGUACAUUGUGUAUCUUGCAGUUCUGCAAGGUGGUCUAGGGUGCCAGCAAUCCUUGGAAGCAGUAGGGGAUGAAACUGAAGAGGCAGAGGACCAGUCAGAGUCUUAGGGUGCAUUCAUAUGUAAUGCUAAACCCAAUUUUUCUUUUAUUUCCCUUUUUCAGAACCGAAUGAUGAGAGUGGAGCCAACGUGGAUGCUUCUAAAAUGUGGCGGGAAGACAGAGAGCAGUUUAACAAAAUAGCCAAGCAAAUAGUCCAGAAAUCACUUGGGCUUUAA